AGGACAGCGACUGGCAAGCUGGUGAGCUGCAGCACUUGGCAGGCAGAUCCCGAGAAGCUGAGGUGGAGGGCUGACUGCCUGCACUGCCUGUCUAUGCCACCUCAGAAGACACGUGCUUGCUUGACUUGCUUUGAACCUGACCUACUGUGCUGAUAGAAGUCCCUUCAGUAGUGUGGGAGCUGCAGCUGGGGGAGAUCUCAGUACGUUGUCUCCUGUGGGUGCUGUCAUCUUGGGCAAUGGAGCUGAGGCUUGGUAAGGCCAAGUGAGACCAAAGGGAGGAACUCCUUCAAAAGUCUGACUCUGAUUUUCCAUGUGGAGGAUUUUACUGGUUGGAAUGCAGGUUGUAAACAGCAUGUUUUACCUACUGAAACUCCUUCUGGCUUCAAUGUUACUAGAUUAUUCGCGGAGUGGGAAUGACUUCACUGUUUCCAUCCCUGAGCUAAGAGUCCCUGUGGGCGAUUCAGCUCUGUUGGGGUGCGUUUUUCAGAACCUGGAAGAGAAACGUGUGGUCAAGGUAGACUGGAUCCUCUCCCCACAGAACGAAUAUGUGUUAUAUUAUUAUGCCAACUUUAGCGUGCCUUUGAAGCGCUUCCAGAACCGUGCACACUUGGUAGGGGACCUCUUACACAAUGAUGGUUCUCUGUUCAUCCAAAACCUGCAAGAGGCGGACCAGGGGAACUACACGUGUGAAAUCCGCCGUGAAGGCGAGAGCAGAGUGUUGAAAAAGUCAGUGGUGCUACAUGUGCUCCCAGAGGAGCCUAAAGAGCUCACAAUCCAUGUGGGUGAUUCGACUAUGAUGGGAUGUGUUUUCCAGAGCACAGAAAAAAAACAGAUGACCAAGGUGGACUGGAUGUUCUCUUCAGCAGAGAAUGCCAAGGAAGAGAUUGUAUUCUACUAUGACAUCCACUCCAGCGGGUUUAGAGGGUACCCCCGGAAGCACAGCCGCUUCUGGAACCGUGUAAACCUGUUGGGAGACAUUUCCCAUAACAAUGGCUCCAUCAUGCUUCGUGGAGUGAAGAGGUCUGACCAAGGAGACUAUACCUGCAGUAUCCACCUGGGGAACCUGGUGUUCAGGAAAACCUUUGUGCUCCAUGUAAUCCAUGCAGAAGUUUCAGAAACCCCAGCAAUUGAGGUUCCAGAAACCGUUAGACCUGAGGUCCUAAAUGGAAAUCAGGUGGUGAUCAUUGUGGGGAUUGUCUGCUCCAGUCUCGUGCUGCUACCUGUUUUGAUACUGAUUGUGAAGAGGACCUCCUGGAAUAAGAGCUCAGUAAAUUCUACAGCCAUAGUGAAGAGCCUGGAGAACACAAAGAAAGUGAACCCAGAGAAACAUGUGUACUCUUCCAUAACUACACGGGAGGUGAUGGAGGAAGAGCCAAGAGGACAGUCAGAGGCCACAUACAUGACCAUGCAUCCAGUUCGGCCCUCCCUGCGGUCAGAUCCAAACAACCUUCUUGAAAAAGUGACCACUUGUAGAACUCCCCAAACAGAGCAGACUUUCUGAGAAGAAAGGGUACUUCGACUUAGUCAUGGCAGGGACUUUGUUCUUGGUGGGUCCUGAGGCACUAUACCAGUUUCGUCAGACACCCCUGCCUCCCAGCUGGCCUCAGCCUCCUUCAAAGAACCCAAGAUACUUUAGGCAUGCCCUUAAUCUCCGCAGAGAUAGGAGGAUUGCUGAGUUCAAGGCCAGCCUGAGACUACAUGGUGAAUUCCAGGUCAGGCUGGGCCCAAGAGAGACCUUACCUCUGAGGGGAAAAAACGAAACCUCAAGA